CAAAUGCAAUCACCAAUCACGAUUUACCUUCUCUUUCUCUCUCCACAAAAAUUAAUUUCUAUGAUCCAGUAGGAGAAGAGAAAGGGAACACAACCCAAAACCCAAAGAAAGGUGAAAGAUGAAGGACCAUGUCCUUUCAUGCUGUUUAAACUCUAAAGAUCUUGUUUUGUAGUCAUAUAAACCCACACCACCACUCAGAGGGAAGAAGAUUCCAUUGUUCAUUUAUUUCCUUAUACGUGUCUGCCUCUUAAAAAUUCUUUCUUUCUUCCUUCUGUAAUAUCCAUCUUCGUUUUCGAUCAACCCCAUCAAACUCCUCGCACUUGGGGUGUUUUUUUUCUUCUGCUUUUUACCAGAAAGUCUUCCAAAUUUGCUCAGAUCUUUGACUUCUUCCUGAAUGGUGUUAUUAUACGUUGCCAUGCUUCUUGGGUUUUGGAACAACGUCAUGAAUAGGAGUAAAGUAAAACUACUCGUGAAUGCCACUGGUGUGUUACGGAUUUGAGGGUUUCUAUUAUUCUAAUUUAACAAGCGUAAGUAGCUGCUUCUUAUACGGAGGAUACUUGCCAAUUGAUAAACUGAGGAAUAGUUCCUGCAUAUAGUUUUAUGAACAUACAUUUUACAGAAGUUGCAACAUAGAUGGGGAUCAUCAGUCGAAGUUCUGGUGGUAGAAAACCGAGUGAAAUUAUGAGGUUUUUUGUGACAACUUUUAUUGGUAUAGUUUUCGGAUUCUUUAUAGGAGUAUCAGUUCCAACAUUGUCAAUAACAAAGUUGAAUCUCCCAUCUGGCCUGCUUCCCUCCAUCGAUCUUUCCUACAUCGAAGACAGAUAUACAGGCCGCCAAGCAUGGACUUUUAUGAAUAAUGGUAACAAGAGAAGUUCAUCUCAAUUUGAAGCAUUAAAUGAUACAUCAAAGAUUUGGGUUCCAUCAAAUCCAAGAGGUGCAGAAAGAUUACCUCCUGGUAUUGUUGAAGCUGAGUCGGACUUUUAUCUGCGUAGAUUGUGGGGUAAGCCCAGUGAGGAUCUGACGUCCAAGCCAAAUUAUCUUGUAACCUUCACUGUUGGCUAUGAGCAGAAAAACAAUAUUGAUGCAGCCGUGAAAAAGUUUUCUGGGAAUUUCACUGUCCUUCUGUUUCACUAUGAUGGCCGAACAACUGAAUGGGAUGAGUUUGAAUGGUCAAAGCGGGCUAUUCAUGUGAGUGUUCGCAAACAGACCAAAUGGUGGUAUGCCAAGCGGUUUCUGCAUCCUGACAUUGUGGCACCGUAUGACUAUAUAUUCAUAUGGGAUGAAGACCUGGGUGUUGAGCACUUCGAUGCAGAAGAGUACUUAAAACUGGUGAGGAAGCACGGCUUGGAGAUUUCGCAGCCUGGUUUGGAACCUAAUAAGGGCUUGACAUGGCAAAUGACAAAAAGAAGAGGUGAUCGUGAAGUCCACAAAGUGACAGAGGAGAAACCAGGAUGGUGUUCUGAUCCUCAUUUGCCUCCUUGUGCAGCAUUUGUUGAAAUUAUGGCCCCAGUGUUUUCGCGUGAUGCAUGGCGCUGCGUGUGGCAUAUGAUUCAGAAUGACUUGGUCCACGGGUGGGGUCUUGAUUUUGCUCUUAGAAGAUGUGUGGAGCCUGCACAUGAGAAGAUUGGAGUUGUUGAUUCUCAGUGGAUUGUUCACCAAGGUCUUCCCUCUCUAGGGAAUCAGGGUGAAUCUCAAACAGGAAAAGCACCAUGGCAGGGGGUGAGGGAGAGGUGCAGAAAGGAGUGGACCAUGUUUCAGACUCGGCUGGCAAAUGCAGAAGACGCGUAUUACAAGUCCAUAGGAAUUGAUACAUCUAAUUCCACUGCUCAUUAGGGGUACCACAGCCAAACUUGACUUGUACACAGAUAUCAUUACCACUUACUACUAGGCAUAGAUUUUCUUUCUUCCUUAGAAAAAGGUAUAUUCCUUUGCAAUCACAAUCUAGAGUUCUAGCUAGGGAUCAAAUAUCAAUUUCACGGAGCAUCGCUGUACCUAAACUGAAUUAAUCAAGUGAAGAAAAUUGAUAUUGCGGCAUUAGUCGAUUGUGA